AAACUUCCCCCCCCCCCAGCACUCCGUUGUUUGAGACCGGUUCCGUGUUUGAGCGUCACCGUUUGGACUCUGAGGACUGCGCGGCCCUUAGUGAGGACACCAGGACACCCCGGAACCUGGACAUGGAACCGGUGACCUAUAAGGAUGUGGCUGUGAACUUCACCCUUAAGGAGUGGGCUCUGCUGGAUCCUUCCCAAAAGCAACUCUACAGAGAUGUAAUGCAGGAAACCCUCAGGAAUCUGGUUGCAAUAGGACAAAAAUGUGAAUACUCAAACUUUGAAGAUGAAUACAUAAACCCCAGGAGCACUGUAAGAAGUCCAGAUAUAGACAAACUUGGUGAAUAUCAUGGAGGUAGUCAAUGUGGAAAAACCUUCAGCCAGGCACCAGAGCAUGUUGUAAAGAAGAAAACUUCCCCUCAAACAUCACCACAUGAAAGCUGCAUUUUUGAGCGUGUCAUCAUUAGUCGGUCAUCCCUAAAGUUAACCCUCAAAGCUGACACUGUGUGCAAAACUUACAAGAAUGAAGAAUGUGGAAUGAAAACUUGUAAACAUAAGCAAAAUAGAAAAGACUUCAGUUGUCCUCAAGGCUUUCAGAACGCUGAAAGAUCGCAAACUGGAGAAAAAGCUUUUGACACUAAGCAAGGUAGGAAUGACCUUUCUUCCAGUUCUUAUCAAGGAUGUGAAAGAAUUUGCAGUAGAAAGAAACCCCAUGUAUGUAAGCAAUGUGGAAAACCCUACACGAAUCUCGGGUCACUUCAAUCACAUGAAAAACUUCACACUGGAAAGGACCCCUAUGCGUGCAAGUAUUGUGGGAAAGUCUUGGGUCGUUUGAGUACUCUUAAGAUACAUGAAAGAAUUCACACUGGAGAGAAGCCCCAUGUAUGUAAACAAUGUGGGAAAGCUUUCACUGAUAAAAGUUCCCUUCGAUACCAUGAAAGGGUUCACCGUGGAGAGAAACCUUAUGUAUGUAACCAUUGUGGGAAAGCUUUUAUUUGUUCUGGUACCUUUCGAAAACAUGAAAGGAUUCACACUGGAGAGAAGCCUUAUAAAUGUACAGAAUGUCUGAAAAGUUUCGUUUCUUCCAGUAGCUGUAAAAAACAUAUGAAAAUUCAUGCUGCAGUUAAACCUUGUUUAUGUAAGCAGUGUGGUAAAGCCUGCAUUCAUUCCAAUUCCCUCCGAUACCAUCAAAUGGUUCACCAUGGAGAAAAACCCUUCGUACGUAAGCAGCGUGUAAAAGUCUUACCUGUGACUGAGUUUCCAAAAUCUGAAGGGGUUCACAGAGAGAAACGAUAUGAGUGUAAACAAUGUGGGAAAGUCUUUCUUUGGCGAAGCAGUUUUCGAAGACAUAAAGAACUUCACAGUGGAAGAAAACGAUAUCAAUGUAAGCAUUGUGGCAAAGCCUUCCUUUGGGGAACCAGUUUUCAGAGACAUCAACAACUUCACAGUGGAGAGAAACGAUAUGAAUGUAAGCAAUGUGGGAAAGCCUUCCUUUGGCAAAGUAGUUUUCGAAGACAUAAAAUAAUUCACAGUGGAGAGAAGCCACACGAGUGUAAGCAAUGUGGGAAAGCUUUCUUUCGUCCCAGUACCUUGAGAAACCAUGAAAAAAUUCACAAUAGAGAUAGCCUAUUUAUAAGCAAUGUGAACCUCUAGAUUACUCAUUUGUCUCCUAAUACAUGUGAAAACACUGGAAAGAAAUCCUUUGUGUGUUUGAAAUGUGGGAAAGUCUAGUUGUCACACUUCCUUUCACAGACAAGGAAGAACUCACAGUUGAGAGUAACUUUAAAUAUGGAAUGUGGAAGCUUGCAUUUUUCCAAAGACCUUUCUAGCAUUCAUGAGACUGUAUAGGAGAGGAUUUGUUACAGUAAAUUAUGUAGAAAUGCCUCUUAUCUUGCCCGAGUCACAGAUGUGACAGUAUGGACUAGAAGAACUGUGCAAAAACACUUUACUGGGCAUAUGUGUUAAUACAUUCUGGAUGACAGCCCCAAGAUUCUGAGAAAAAAGAAAAGCUCUCAGAUGUGACAAAUCGUGUUAAAACCCUGUGAAAUUCUAGUCUUUCUAAGUUCCAUUAGGGAAUAUGCUUUGUCACCUGUUGUUUUUAAUUGUUUGUAGGUAAACUGAAACAUUUUAAAGUAUACUGCCUUAUAAUUGUGUAAUUGUACUGCACUGUGUUUAAUAAGACAUUGAGAACUUUUGCUGAUUUUCUUGUGUUUUCUGUUGGCAGGCUGUUACCAUUUAUGUACCUGUUGAUUUUCUUUUUAUCUGGAGACAGGGUUUCACUGUGAAAUUCAGGUGGCUGUGGCGACCCUCCUGCUUCAAUAGCCUGAGUCCUGAGAUUACAGGCAUGCGCCGCCAUUCCCAGCUCUUUCAUCUUCUUUGAUGGAACAAACAAUGCACUUUACAUACUAUUUAUAUUCUUACUUGAUAUGUAUUCUCUUGAGACGUAAAACCCUUGUGAGAUUAACAAAUUUUUUUUAAAUUGAGACUA